AUGCGUAAACAUGGCCAGGCCGCGGAUCAGGUCGUUGACGCGAGAAUAAUCGACGUCAACGGCAGAAUCCUAGACAGGAAAUCAAUGGGCGAGGAUCUCAUAGGCAGGACGCUGGAGCAAAACGCGACUCAACUAGUACAGAAAUGGCAACCCAUCGCGCCCAAAUUCGACCAUGAUUUAUUCGUGAGAGUCAUCCUAGUACCGGAGAAUCUUAGCUCCGGCUUACAGGGUAGAAACAAGACGAUUCGGGCUAUAUUCAACUCACUAUUCCUCGGUAAAAUCAACACAUUGCUUCCGUUGAUGCAGGAGAGCUUCCCUGAGUUAGGGUUAAUGAGAGAAGACUGCACAGAGAUGAGCUGGAUCGAAUCCGUCUUAUCCUUCGCGGGUUUCCCCAUCGAUGCACCCGAAAUGCUGCUCAACAGAACUCAACCUGCGGUGAGAUACUUCAAAGCGAAAUCCGACUACGUGCAGAAGCCCAUCCUCGAAUCCGGGCUUGAAGGCAUAUGGAGGCUGAUGUACGAGGCGGUGGCCGACCAAUCUGUGAUCAUCUUCAGCCCUUAUGGCGGGAGGAUGGACGAGAUUCCGGCCUCCACCACUCCGUUUCCUCAUAGGGCCGGAAACUUGUACAAGAUCCAACACCUGAUAUUCUGGGACGAGAGCGAGAAUCAAGAUUCCGAGAGCUAUCUAAGCUGGAUGAGGAGGCUUUACAAGUACUUGACUCCUUAUGUGUCGUGCUCACCUAGGCAAGCGUACCUCAACUACAGAGAUCUCGGCAUUGGUGUCAAUAACCCUAAAGGGAAGACGAGCUAUGCACGAGCGAGCGUUUGGGGUACGAAGUAUUUUUUGGAUAAUUUCGAUCGUCUUGAUCUGGUGAAGACAGUGGUUGAUCCGCAGAAUUUCUUCAAGAACGAACAAAGCAUUCCACCGUUGCACUGA